GUGCUUGCAUGCAUCGUUCGUUGCUUGCAUGCAGUUUUCGCACAACUUUUAACAUCACGGUUGUGGUCGUUAUUCGUCCUAUUACUGCAGUUAACUUGAGCCGAAGUGUCACAAUGUGUGACCAAGUUGUCGAGGAAGCCUUAGGCCAAGUUACUGACGAUGAAGAAUUUUUCCAAGACAUCGACAUCUUGCAAAACCAUGGCAUCAAUGUCGCCGAUAUCAAGAAGCUCAAGACAGCUGGAAUCUGCACAAUCAGAGGGGUACAGAUGACCACUCGGAAGAAGCUGUGUGGAAUCAAAGGUAUCUCUGAAGCAAAAGUGGACAAAAUUAAAGAGAUAGUGGCCAAGGUAGCAGAUGGAGCGAGCUUCCUGACCGCACUUGAAGUCAGCGAAAAACGGCGCUACGUGUUCAAAAUAUCAACAGGGAGUAAAGAGCUCGACAAGUUGAUGGGCGGCGGAGUCGAAAGCAUGGCAAUUACAGAAGUAUUUGGCGAGUUCCGCACUGGGAAAACUCAGCUGUCUCAUACUCUCUGCGUCACUUGCCAGCUGCCAGGUGAAAAUGGCUACAGCGGUGGGAAGGCGAUUUUUAUCGACACUGAGAAUACCUUCCGCCCAGAUCGGUUGCGCAGCAUCGCCGAUCGGUUUGACCUCGAUCAUUCUGCCAUGCUAGAAAAUGUUCUUUAUGCACGCGCCUUCACAAGCGAGCACCAGAUGGAAAUGCUGGACCAAGUAGCAGCAAAGUUUCAUGAAGAGGCAGGUGUGUACAAGUUGCUCGUAAUCGACUCGAUCAUGGCUCUUUUUCGAGUUGAUUUCAGCGGUCGUGGCGAGCUGGCCGAUAGGCAACAAAAGCUGGCCCAAAUGCUGUCUAAGCUGCAGAAGCUCUCAGAAGAAUAUAAUGUGGCCAUAUUCAUCACCAAUCAGAUGACCGCUGAUCCAGGAGCAGCCAUGAGUUUUCAGGCAGAUCCCAAGAAGCCAAUUGGAGGGCAUAUCUUGGCACAUGCCUCAACGACCCGUAUAGCGCUGCGCAAGGGUCGUGGCGAAGCACGUAUUGCCAAGAUCUAUGACAGCCCAGAUCAGCCAGAGAAUGAGGCGACAUUUGCUAUUACACCUGGUGGCAUUGCAGAUGUGUCUGAGUAGAAUGUUGUUCAAGUACUGUUUGUUGCACAAGUGGACUUCAGAUGCAGUCUGUUAAUUUGUGAUUUUUUUUUGUUUUUUUACUUUUACCGGGGAAUAUUCUCAUA